UGUGUAUUGCUCUCUCUCUCUCUCUCUCUCUCUUUCUCUCUCGUCUGGUUAGUAACCUUCUCUCUCUAUUCCGGUUAGUAACCAUCUCUCUCUAGUCUGGUUAUUCUCUGGUUAUUAAGCUUCUCUUUGUCUCUCGUUUGGUGAACAAAAGCUUCUGAUCCCUUCUCGUUAGAAAGGGAGAGAAAUUCUCAUCUCCAUCAACAUGAGCUCGACUCCGGGGUCGCACUCUUUGGCCUUCAGGGUUAUGAGGCUCUGCAGGCCUUCAUUUCAGGUGGACCACCCCCUUAAGCUCGACCCUCUCAGUGAUCUCCUUUUUGGUGAAGACCUCUUCGACAAUGGCGAAGCCAUCGAUCAAUUCUCUCGCCUCCUCUCUUUCUCUGAAGAUGAGAGGAAUAAGAGCAGAGAUAUGAGUUACUGGAGGAGAUUUGUGCUCGAAAACCCUUCUGAUGCCAUGGGUCUCUCAGGCCUCUUGGUUGUUCCGCAGUCUUUCGGUGCAAUUUACCUUGGUGAGACAUUCUGCAGCUACAUUAGUAUUAAUAACAGUUCUAAUUUCGAAGUGAGGGAUGUCACAAUCAAGGCAGAAAUUCAAACAGAAAGGCAACGGUUAUUGCUUUUGGAUACUUCAAAAUCACCAGUAGAGUCCAUAAGAUCCGGUGGGCGCUAUGAUUUCAUUGUAGAACAUGAUGUGAAGGAACUGGGACCUCAUACGCUGGUCUGCACUGCUUUGUACCAUGAUGGAGAUGGGGAGCGUAAAUAUCUUCCUCAAUAUUUCAAGUUUGCAGUUGCAAAUCCCCUUUCAGUUAGGACAAAGGUUCGCUCUGUUAAGGAAAAUACGUUCUUGGAAGCUUGCAUUGAAAACCAUACAAAGUCAAACCUUUAUAUGGAUCAAGUUGAGUUUGAGCCUGCCCAGCAUUGGACUGCAACAAUCUUGAAAGCUGACACACAUAGUUCAGAAGCUAUUCAGCCUAGAGAGGUAUUUAAACCUCCUGUUCUCAUUAGAGCAGGAGGAGGAAUUCGUAAUUAUCUUUAUCAGUUGACAUUAUCAUCCCCUGAAUCAGCACAAAUGAAGGUUGAAGGAAGCAAUAUCUUUGGUAAACUUCAGAUAACCUGGCGUACUAAUUUGGGAGAACCUGGGCGCCUUCAGACACAACAAAUUCUUGGUAGUCCCAUUUCACAUAAAGAGAUCGAAUUACAGAUUGGAGAGCUUCCUUCCAUUAUCAUAUUAGAUAAACCUUUUCUGGUACACUUGAUUCUUACAAACCACACAGAAAGGAGAAUUGGGCCAUUUGAAGUAUCUCUCUCCGGAGAUGAGUCUCCUGAGAGUAAUGUUGUCUACGUUAAUGGUCUUUGGAAAUUGGCUUUACCCCAACUAGAGGCAUUAAGCUCUAUGAAUUUCAACCUGAGUCUAAUUGCUACAAGAUUGGGGGUUCAGAAGAUAUCUGGUAUCACCGUGCUUGAUGCAAGAGAAAAGAAGAUCUAUGACUCUUUACCAACUUCCGAGAUAUUUGUCAGUCCGGAUUGAUAUCAAGCUGCCCACUUACUGGUCAAGAAAUUGUGCAGUCCUACGACUUUUUAAUGCAUUAGGAACUUUGGAUUUAGUGGGUAUCUUUGUUAAUGACUAGGAGCAUUUCAGGGUUUCAAUUUUGUUUUCUUUAGAGUUUAGAACUGCUUUGGGAGAGUCCAUGCAGGUGUUCCAUUUAAUUUUCUCAGGAAGUUCGGCAUUACUUUUAUUAAAGAGUGCAUCUGGGGAUCCAAACAUGUUUAUUUUUGUCCGUACUCUCUUUGGGUGAACUAUUUCGAUGCCUGAUCUUAAUUGAAUGUUUGGGAGUGUACAAAAAAUAAUGUCACACAUCAAUUACAGUGUU